AUGAAAAGUGUGGAGCAGUUAUUUCCACAAUUUUAGGUUGUUAACAUAGUACGAUAAAAUACUUACAAGAAAUCAGUGAUAGUGAAACGAAGUGGAUAUCAUUAUAUGCUCAGAAUAUUCAGUCUUGAAGGAAUUCCUAAAGAUAGAGUUUAAUCGAUUAUUAAAAUCUUAAACAAAUUAUCUAAUCAUAAGAAUCCUCAUAUUGUGAAAUUUUAUGAAGCAUCGUUUGAUCAUGAUAUGACAUAUUUAGGGUAAUGAUUAAUAUUUGAAUAUUAGCAUUGUCAGUGAAUACUUAGAUAAAUAAUAUGAAUUUCCUAUGAAAGAAUCUGAUAUAUGGAAUAUUAUCUAAGAGGUAUCCAAACAUUUACUAUUUAGCUAUCUUUUGCAUUAUAAUAAUAUCAUCCUAAAAGAGUGCAUGGAAAAUUAUAAUUAUCAAAUUUAUUUUAAAGUAAAGGAAGAACAAUUUUGGGUGAGAUGAAUGUUCUAUAUUAUUUACAUAAAUAAAACUAUCAAGAUAUCUAUUUAUUAGCACCUGAAUUCAUUAAGUCUUAAAUUUAUGAUUAUAAAUCAGAUAUUUGGAUGGUUGGAUAUAUGUUAUACUAAAUGAUGUUUAAAGAUCCUCCCAUUAUUGCAAAUAAUGUUGAUAUUUUACAUAAAAAGAUUCUCAAAGGCAUUCAAUUAACAUAUAAUCCAAAUUAUAGUCUUAACUUAAAUAACUUAUUAAGAUUAAUGAUGUGUUAUGAUCCUGAACUCAGACCAAAUGUUGAUUAAAUAUAAUACUUUUGUUAACAAUCUUAAACUACAAAUGAAGAAAUUAAUAUUAAUAAAAUAUUACCUAAAUUCAAAGUAGAUAAAGUUGUAUUACAUAAAAAAAGAACAGAAAAAAAAUAAGAACCUAUUCAAAACAUUGUUUAUUUGAAUGAAGAUUAAUUCAAAUAACCUUAUUUUCCUCCCUCAAAAAUUAUAAAACAAAAAAGAAUCUUUUUAUCAAAAUAAACAACAUCAGUUAUGGAUUUUGGUCCAUCUUAAAAAACAACUUUUUCUGUCUAGUUACCAAAAGUUCUAAAUUAUUAAUUUAGUAAAUUAAAAGUAAAGGAAGCUAGCACAGUUCCAGGUUCUAUUGGAAAUGCUGAAUAAUUAGAAAAGUAUAUUAUUUAUUUAUUAUUUAGAUUGUAGAAUAAAUCUUAAAUUAAUAAAUUAGAAUUUGAUAAUCUUUUUCCAUAAUCCAAAUAAACUUUAUAAACUCAGAGAAAAUCUCCCAAUAGAAUUUAAAUACAAUAAGAAUUUUAAAAUAGAUAAAAAAGUUAAAGAUUAUUUUCAUGA